UUGGAAUUCUCAAUAAAAAUAACCUACAUGGUCAUUCACGCUGUGGAGGUGAUUGACUCCCAAAAAGAGGUUCACUGUAAAACUCCUGUAGUGAGUAGAGUGGCUUUUCCAGGAGUUUAUUUUUCAAAGUGGUAUAGAACCAAGAGUUCCGUGUUUCCUGAAUUGGUCUAGGAAGGCUGUUAAAAAAUCUUAUUGCCUGCGAAGGAAAGCUAUUGUAAUUCCCCGCCAGUCGGCUCCGGGGCACCUCCAGUCUAGUGGCAUGUCGCAUAUUGUGGCUGUGUACAUCACACCUUUUUUGAAACUGCACCAGGUUCUUCUUGAUAUACAUAAGCGAGCACAAUACAUAUUGACUGUACACUGUGAGUAUCCCAAGAUCCCUAAAUAGUAGCCUGCAGUGAUCCCUGAAGCUGGAAAAUGUCACUAUUCUCAGAGCCUUCUUUUGCAGUAGCAGCACAUCGUGGACAGCUGGUGCGUGACCACACAGGAGCAAUCCAUAGAUGAUAUGGCUGUGAAACAGCGAAUGAUAGGCCAUGACAAGACUUCUCUGAUCCACCACACAUCUCAGCUUACGAAGGAGAGACAAACUACUUUCCAGAGUAUGGAGUACCAUGUUUGUGGGAAAAUUGCAAAAGUAGUUGUUAACAGACUGGAAGAUGUAUCAACAUCGAGACCACAAAUCAAAGUUCAGGUUAAAGUUGAGAAACAGGAAAGUCCUUUUGAUGACAGUUGGAUUGGAGCUGCACGUAGUGAUACAGCUACUCAGCAGAUCAAGAUCGAGAAGCAGGAGGAUGAAUUUGGAGAAUGUGAAUUUGCAGCUAGCAACGUCAAAGAUGAGUCAUCCUCACACAAUGGUUCAACUUCCAAUCAGGCAAGUAUUCUAUCUUGACUAGAAUAAAUAAGUUAUGCAGUUU